UGGAGCAAUGUCGAACAUUGCAGUUAUCGGAGCCGGGGUGAACGGUGUCGCCAGUGCUAUUAAGAUACUUGAGCACUAUGCUAACGAGCCAAAGAAGCCAAUCAGGGUGACGAUCUUAUCAGAGGACUUCACGCCAAACACCACAGGAGAUGGAUCGGCGGGGCUCUGGGGUCCCUACCUACUGGGCGGCACUUCGCAGUCGAAAGUGUACAAGUGGUCGAAGAGCAUGCACCAGUUUCUGGAGCAGAUCUGGCUGAGCGGAGAUGCCGGAGAGGCUGGGGUCUGCCUGCUGCCCUGCAUCCGUUUAAGUACCUCUACGGUGGACAUAGUUGGAGAUUUCUGGCGGGAUAUUGUGUAUGGAGCCGUGGAUCUUACAGAGAAACAGCUGGCUGAAUACAACGAAGGUCGCACCGUAAAAUUUACUUCAGGUCUAUCCUUUGUUACCUACACCUCGGAGCCCGUUAAGCUUCUGCCGUAUUUGAUGAAACGUUUCGCCCGCAGCGGUGGUGUAGUUGUCCGGAAAAGGAUAACUGACUUGGAGGCAUUCAUCGCCAAUUCCGAAUACGAUGUGAUUGUGAACUGCUCCGGCUUGGGCUCCCGGACUCUACUAAACGAUGAUCAAAUGUACGCAGUACGCGGACAGGUGUCCCGAGUGAAGGCAAACUGGAUCUUUUCUGCCGUUCUGGACGAGAGCGACGAUGGAAACUACAUUAUACCCAACACCGAGAGCGUUGUCCUGGGCGGAACUCAUCAGGAGCGGGACUACAAUACGGAGGUCUGUCAAAAGGACAAGCAGCUAAUUGUGGGAGGCUGUCGUCGUUUCGUUCCUGGCCUGGAGCACACCGAAUGCCUCUUUGACUGGGUGGGUCUACGCCCGGGUCGUACCCAACUCCGACUAGAAGCCGAGCGCCGGGGGCGAAAGCUUCUCAUUCAUAACUAUGGACACGGUGGUAGCGGAGUCACCUUGUGCUGGGGUUGUGCCGACGAUGUUCUCGACAUCCUACUAGCCGCCAAGAACGGUUCCAAGCUUUAAGCUAAAUUUAAUAAUAUAAUAAUAAUAAUAAUUCAUGUUUUAGUGGAAUACUAUGGGCCCACUUUUGUCUUAAUAACUUAGAAUAUCUAAAUUGGAUCAUAAAAAUUAUAAGCGCGAAAAUUCAAUAAAAAUAAAUGUAUAAAUAUGUAAAUAAAAUGAAAAAAUGCAUGCAAA